AUGCAGUCUGCCAUAAAGAUGAAGCUCGAGACUGAAAAGGCAUCAGCUCACAAUACUGGAUUCAACACGACCUCUGCAAUAUCAACGCCGAUAACCGGGAACAAUAACUUUGGGCCCCAGAGUGCCACCAAUAUCUAUUCCCAUAUACACGAAACGGCGACAAAACGGAUACAAACACUCGACUAUCUGCGUAGCGCUCACCAUGGCCGGGUGUACUGGUUCAAUACCACUCACUUUUCCAAAGCAGACCUAGCUCGCAUGCCCUACUUUGAGAAACGCAAGCUCACCCGUCGUGCCAUGAACUUCCUCUUCCUAGGCUUCUCUCUUCCGCCGAUACUGGAUGUCAGUUUGGGACUGUCAGAGUACCUGAAAUCUCUCAACGCUCUACUUCUUGAGUUUGAAUCCUUUCAACAGAUCCAUUCUGUAGAAGGUGGGCCAGCCGCAACAUUGGCGCGAGCAAGACUGCCACAGAUGUUCAAGCGGUCCGGCCAGUCCACCAAGGUUAGGCGGACAAGCUCGGCGACGGAGAUUGGCCUACCCAUGCAAUCGGGAGAUCACCACUCUGAGAUAAAUGCCAUGGGCAACAUGGCCUCCGCCGGCGGGACGUCUGCCGUUUCCACGUUCCCGUCCAACUCCGAAUCACAAGACCUACUUCCUGGAGAAGAAUAUACAUUCCUCCUAACACCUUCAUUGCCAUUUGAUCCGGACUAUUUUGAAAUAUUCACCACUCUAUGUGACGUGCUCAUCGACUGCUACGCGAGACUGGUUUCUCUUGUCUCUCACCCCGGUCUUUGCAAUGCUGCUCUUGGCGAGCUAUUUUCAAAGGCCGAUGCAAAGCUACGGAAAGUAAUUGUUAGCGGUAUCGUUAGAGAGUUUGAAGAUGCCAGCCGAGCCAGCGUGAAAAGCGAGGUUGCUGGGGUUGGACGUGUAGUUUUAGGUGGACUCCUGGGUUAA